CAAUCCCACGGUCCUAAAAGCUGAUGUUAUUUGUAGGAAAAAAGGUGCUCCAUAGGAAUGAAGUUCUAAACUGAAGUUUGUAACCGGCAGACGACUAUAGAGUCUAGUCGAGCGGGCCACAGUUGUCUACCCACAGUUCAUCCAUGUCUAUUUAGAAGUAAAACCUGCCAGCAGAUCUUGGUUGUAUGGACUUUGGAAUGUCUUAGCCCUGGCAUUCCAGCCGGAGAGUCCAACCACCAGCUGUGCAUAGCGUGAAGGCGGGGUACUAGUCCAACAUGGCUGCCUUGCCACGGCCCAUCCUGCCAGCUCUUCUCUUGACCUUCCACCUGGCAGCCACUUCAGUUGGCCAGCUGGUGCUGGUCAACCAACCCUUGGAGGUGCCGAUCGGCCGGACUGUCAUGCUGGAUGAGAGUGUGCUGGCGUUUCAGGCACCAGGCGAAGACGAGCAGUGUAAGGUGGAGGUAGCUGUGGAUGAGCCAUUUUAUCAACGAGUGGGGAGGCUAGAACCUCAGGUGUUUGACUGUGAGUUCUUCCCAGGCACUAUCCGAUACAUCCACUCGGGGUCUCCGCUUCUCGACCAGGACAUCAUCAAGCUCCGUGCCUACAUGCUGACUCAAACAGACACCAUCAUCGAGACCUUCUACCUCACUGUCAACGUGACCCGCGAGCCCUACCACGUGGUCCGCCCCAUGAUGAACAUUGAAGUGGACGAGUUCAACGGGAUCUCGGACCCCAUCGACAUGCGCAUCCUGGACUUUGACUUCAACCGCUCGUCGGAGGCCGUCUCCUGCUUUGUGCGCGUGGACACGCUGGCCAGUGGGCUGCCGCGGUACGGCCACCUGAUCCGCGGGGAAGGGGAUGACGCCCGCGAUGUCAGGGUGCUAUACGAGAACUGCGACGACUUCCUGUACCUCAACCUGCACUACCAGCACGUCUUGCCCCCGUCGCCAAACAUGGAUUACAUCCAGAUCACGGUAGAGCUUGACGAUCCCCAGAAAUACAAUCAACCAUUCACGGAGCGGCUGUACCUUCCAGUGGACAUUGUGCCCGCUUUCGAGAAUCAGCAUCCUGUGGAGGCGUUCCUGGCGCAGUACAUCCUCGACGUGGACCAGUUCAUCUUGACGACCAUCACCACUGACGUCAUGUCUGGAUCAGAUGACGAAACCCGCGCCAACGAUUUGAUUUUUUAUGUGAGCAAACCUCCAGGCCCAGGUGAGGGCAGUAUUGUCCAUCUAGAUGACCAAAGCAGGCCAAUUGAAUCCUUUCGCCAGGCUGACCUUGCACGAUUGAACAUUGCUUACAAAGCUCCAGAUCGCAGCUACCCCAGUGUUAGACUGAUUGAAAUAGAGUUUGUCAUCUACGACGACUACUUUGCCAAGAGUGAGCCAAUAACAUUAACGGUUGCCGUUCAUCCCACGCAGACCAAUGCCCCGAGAGUGUCCGUCAACCGUGGGCUGACAUUGUUGGAGGGGCAAUCCCGUCCGAUCCGCCCAGAAAAUUUUGAGGUUGUGGACAACGACAAUCUUGGCAUGGUCAGAAUAAAAGUUGUUGGCGGCCCCCAUCAUGGCAGAAUGCUCUUAAACAAUCGUCCAAUGAUCAUGUUCACUCCCCGCGACAUCACUGCAGGCUCAGUAGUGUACCGUCACGAUGACAGCGACACAUUAAAAGACAGCGUCGAGCUGCGAAUCACGGAUAUGACUCACACAGUCCACACGUCCUUCCCCAUCAACAUCCUCCCGAAUGAUGACAGCGCCCCAACGCUCAUACGCAACAUCCAGAUUGAGGUCAAUGAGGGUCAAGCGGUGCGCAUCACCCGCUUCACCCUUCUUGCUGCCGACAAGGAUUCCAACGACGAUUUUAUUGUGUACAGGAUCACAAACCCUCCGAUUGCUGGGGAAAUCUUAAAGAAGUACUCGGCAGACAGCUUUGGUUACCCAGUCACUGACUUCACUCAGAGAGAUCUCUUCCGAGGCAUGAUCUACUACCACCACCUUGGCCAGGAGCAGUUCAUGGACUCCUUCGACAUCGUCCUCCUGGACAACCACAUCCCACCCAACGUUUCCCCGACCCAGGUAGUCUUGGUCAGCAUCUCCCCUGUCCACGACCUCCCACCAGAAGUCUCACCCAAGGCCACCAGGUCCCUCACUGUCCUGGAGACGGAGAUUGCCUUCAUCACGCGGGAGCAUCUCCGGUACACUGACGCAGAAUCGGAUGAUGCAGACUUACGCUACACCAUCACCACCCCACCCUACGUGGCUGCCACACACAGCCUGACGGGCGCCGGCCGGAUUUUCUCCACCACGGGCGUGGUCAUGCCCAUGAAAGACCCCACCAUCCCAGCAGUUCGUACCUUCCAGCAGCGCGACAUUGACCACCACACCAUUGCUUACAUGCCUCCAUUUAAAGAAAUUGGUCCCGACCCUCGUGAAAUCAGAUUCUUAUUUUCUGUCUCGGACCUGUACGGAAACGUCGUUCUUGGACAGGCAUUUGACAUAACCGUUCUUCCUGUCAACAACCAACCACCUGUGAUCUUCACCAAUAACUUAAUGGUUCCCGAAGGAGGAAUACUGAGGAUAUUACCCACCCACUUUAUGAUCACCGACAUGGACACGUCAGUGAACGAUCUUGUGAUCACGCUGAUGUCCUUGCCCCAAUACGGAGUGCUUGUCGUUGGGAACGUCAAUCUAACCGAAGGUGGCACAUUCACGGUUGCAGAUCUCAGCAGCGGCAGAGUGAGGUAUGUCCAUGGUGGAUCUGAAGUUCCAACUGAUGGCUUCAAAGUGGCUGUGUCAGAUGGCGUCCACACCGUCUCCCGUAACGUUAUUGUGAGUGUGUCCCCCGUGAACGACCAACUCCCAGAGAUCUUGCCAGGCCUAAUAACAAGCCUGACUAUUGCAGAGGGAGGGGAGGUAGCAAUCACAUCGGAUGUCUUGGCCGCAACGGACGUGGACACCAACGACCUGCUGCUACAUUUCAUUGUAGUCCAGCAUCCCAGGAGAGGGGUGGUGCUGCGGAAUGGGAUCAUCGUCAACCGCUUCACACAGCAGGAUGUCCAGCGGGGCAGCAUCAGCUAUGUGCACAUGGGCGGUGAGACGGGCAAAGUCCCAGUCCAGGACUCUGUCAGCUUUGUGGUCUCGGACAAGACAAUCCCCUCUUCCCCCGACCUGCCCGUACACGAAAUCCAGAUCACCAUCACGCCUGUUGACAACCAAGCUCCGGGGAUCGUCUUCGGGAAUCCCUUCUUUGUCAGCGAGGGCAGCAAGGCACCGCUGACUCUCGACGUCCUGAGUGCCAUCGAUCGUGACUCUGACCUCAAUCAGCUGACCUUUCACAUCGUUGGCCAGCCGCAGUGGGGGCUGGUUGAGAACAUCCUGCCAAGCCCCGGAUACGAAAAGAGUAACGCUGGCAAGCCCAUAGUCUUCUUCCGUUACCAGGAUAUAGUCAAUGGAAACAUCAACUACGUCCAGUUAAAUCACUCUGGCAUCGAACCCAUGGCAGAUUCGUUCAUCCUGUAUGUCUCAGAUGGGGAACACCCCUCUCCAAAUGUGUCCUUCAUCGUGAACAUAAUCCCCGUGAAUGACGAAGUGCCAGUUCUGACAGUGCAGAACUUCACCGUCUAUGAGAACUCUUUCUUCAAGCUCAGCACUGACUACGUUACGGCCAGUGAUGCUGAUAUCCCCAUGGAGAUGCUGAUGUUCUCGGUCGUCAAGUCCCCAAAACAUGGGAGCCUGGUGGACUGGGCCUUACCAGCUGAAUCCCGCCUUCCUAUCUUUGAUUUCAACCUCAACCAACUCCUGAACACGCUGCGCCUCACAUACCUUCAUGACGGCUCAGAGAGCAACAGUGACAAUUUUGCCAUACGGGUCACAGACGGGAAGCACACAGUGCGCAAGUCAAUCUUCGUCACAAUCACUCCUGUCAAUGACGAAGCUCCAGAGAUCAUCAAAAAUGCUGGCAUCACACUAGACAUAAGGGAGAGCCGCAUCAUCUCACCAGUCAUCCUUCUUACAACGGACAGAGACACAACCGCUGACGAGCUCUAUUACAGCAUUUUGACCCUCCCACGAAGAGGUGUUCUCCAGCGUAAGCUCCCGGACAACACCUGGAGGGACAUAACUGCACUAAGCUCCAACUUCACCCAGGAAGACUUGGACCUGAACCUCAUCCGCUACCUCCACACCUCAGAGUUAGGCUCUAAAGGCCUGGACCGGUUCCGCUUUUCUGUCACGGAUGGUGUCCACACCACUGGCAAGCAGAGCUUUCGCAUUGAGAUCACUAACACAAAACGGGAGCCACUGCAGCUGAUCAACACGGGCAUUGAGGUCCUGGAGGGAGAAUUUGUCAUCAUAGCCCCAGAGAGCCUGGCAGCAUUCGACAAUGGCAACAACCUGGCCGAGAUCUUAUUCAGGGUGAACAGCCCUCCCACAGAGGGACAGCUGGAGGAUAUAUCCCGGCCCGGAGUCCCCAUCUCCUCUUUCUCCCAGAUGGCCCUCGUGGGGCAGCGGGUCAUUUACGUUCACAAGCGGACGGACCGCAUCCGCAAUGACAACUUCAUGUUCAGUGUGACCAACGGGUACCAGACACGAAACGACACUUUCCACAUUGUGGUCAUACCAGUUGACAACUCCCUCCCUGUCCUGAUCAUCAACGAGCCCCUUGUGGUUCCCGAGGGAGGCUUCCAAGUGAUUCCGCCCUCCAAUCUGGAAGCAAUCGACCAGGACACCCCACCACACAUAGUGACAUUCAUCAUCAUGCAACCCCCGCAGUUCGGACAUCUCAUUCUGGCUGGGAUGCCAAUCACCGAUCAGUUCACUCAACACGAUCUCAACAACUACGAUCUAUCCUACCAGCAUGCCCCUAACCUCGGACAAACUGAUGCUGAUUGCUUCUACUUCGUCGUCACCGACAACACCAACGAGGGCUUCCUCAUCAGGGACUCUGUCGUGACUCAUCCCGUGAAAUUCACCAUCAGCAUCGACCGGAUGGACAGCGAUCCACCGCGGCUGAUCACCAAUGAGAUUCCAAUCAAGAUGGAGUCCCGUAACGGACGCUACGCCUUCAUCCUGAGCCAGCAGACCCUCUAUGCAGAAGACCAAUGCACUGCAGACGGAAUCACUUUCACGAUCACGCGCGAGCCACAGCAUGGCUACCUUGAGAACCUGGCCACAAGGCAGAGGGUGAAGGGACAGUUCACCCAGCAUGAGGUCAAUGAUCGCAGCAUCAUGUACAUCAUGAGGGAGAACAUCCACGUCAACAAUGACAACUUCACCUUCUCAGUUUAUGACUGCAAUGGAAAUGCACUGAUGGGCCAAAGAUUUGAAUUCCGCUGGCCACUUGUCCAGUUCACGCGCAGCGACUACAUGGUAUGCGAGACAGUUGGCACCCUACAGAUCAACGUCAUGCGUGCUGGCUUCCACGCCCUCUCCUCCUUUGUCGACAUAGAGGUGAGUGACCUGACGGCCAUCACGGGCCAGGACUACUCCCCGCCCCGGGCCCGGCAGCUCCAGUUCGACCCAGGGGUCACAAUGGCGACCUGGAACGUCGACAUCAUCGCCGACGAGUUGGAGGAGAACCGGGAGCGGUUCCGUCUGACGUUGACCUCUCCAGUGAAUGCUGUGUUGGGGGAGCACGACCGACUGACGGUUAUCAUCAAGGACUCCAAAGAUGGUGCUUGUAAAGGUGAGAACAAUGGAAUGACCAUCACAGAUACCCUUCCGUCUUGCUGCCCUGGCCAAGGAGCCAUCCCUCCAGAAGGCCUGCCGUCUUGCUGCCCAGACCAAGGGCCAGGGCUCCCCUACCCAGGCCCCAUCAUCCCCCAACAGAAUCCCGGCAUACCUGGUGAAGAACCCCUCAGCUACCCGCCCAAGCCAGGGGAUGGGGGUCAACCCCCGAAUUACCAGUCUGUACCUGGACCACAUCCUUUGCCUGAGGGUUACCCGCCUCAGGGGGCGCCUUACGGAGGGGAUUUUGUACCAGGAAAUCCAGAUCAAGGAUUUGUCUAUCCGGGAGAAGGCCAUGAUUUCGUGCCAGGUCCUGGGGUAGAGUGUUGUCCACCCGACCUUGUUCCAGGACAGGGGGACACAGGUCAUCCCUAUCCUCCACAGCCAGAUCCAAGGCAUGGCUCUUACCAACCACAGCAGCCAGGUGCCGACUUUAACCCUCGUGGCCCGUUGGUUUACCCGGCAGACCCAGGGACUUACCCACAGGGUUCAGGAGUGUACCCACAAAACCCAGGUGGCUACCCAGCAAACCCAGAGGUUUACCCCCAGAAUCCUGCACUGUACCCCCAAGAUCCUUCAGUGCACCCUCAAGACUCUGGUUCAGAUCCACAGUACCCUGCCAACCACCAACAUGGGCAGUGGAACCCAGGUUUCCCCAGCAGCAGGGGACAGUACCCGGCUGGCAGCCAUGGUGGAGGUGUACCACCCAGAACAUAUCCGGAUGGGUCACAGCCUCCUCUAACCGAUGCCCAAGGGCAGCCAGUCUGGCCCUGGUACAGCAGAGACAGAGAGCCAUACUAUCCCAGUCAAGGGGGUGAUACCACCUCUGCCACCCAGGGAGGUCCCUACCCAGGUCCUGGAGGGCCUCACUAUCAAGGCCAGGAAGCCAUUAACCCCAGUGCUCAUGGUGGUCCUUCCUACCAUCAAGGAGACGGUGAUCCCCAGUACCCAGCACAGGCAGGUUCUGUUCCUCACUAUCCACAAGGCCAGGGUUGGAAUCGUCAGCAUCCGCCCUCGGCUGGGGUCAACCACCAGCCCAGCCCUGGAGAUCCUUACUACCCCGGAGACCCUAGACAAUAUCCGUACCAGCAAGCUGCAGGACGCAACCCCUACGGCCAUUCUGGUAGCCAGGGCCCCAAUCCACGGUUCCGACCAUCAGGACAGACCUUCCAGUCGGCCAGCAGAGCUCCGGUUUACGCUGGUCAGGACCCCAACCCCAGUCCUGUCAGCAGUAGGCCCCAAGGACCAGGCGGGGUGGCCAACGGACAAAGCAUCCAGUCCAGGCCGGGUGAGAAGGUGCAAGGCCAGCCAGUGGAAGUAUGGACCAAUGGUUCAACAACCAUCUGGACACUGCACGGGAUAGCAUCUGCCCCGACGGUCGUCCAAGGUCACUCCCCGUCCUCUCCUUCAUCCUCGGGGUCUUCAUCCCACCAGCUCCAGCCAUUCCCUGCCGUGGUGCAGGGCCGACCCGGUGCUCCCGCUGGACCCGGGCCGAUCACGCGGCCCUCCGGUGGGCCAGUACCCAGUGGUGGGCCUGCACCCAGUUUGGGGCCUGUGCCCGACGGCGGGCGAUCGCCCAAUCAUAGGGGCGUGACCGAAGCACCUCCAGCUCGAGAGCCGGUCCAGCCGAGGGAGGAAGCAAUACCUCCUGAUCAAUCCCUGCAGCCGCCACCAGGCUGCACAAUGACCAGCAAGGACGAUUUUCUGGUGGAGGAGGCCACCGGUGCCCUGUACAAGUGCAACGGGAACCAGUGGGUCCGGGUGGAGUGGAGUCACAUCCAGGCGGACGACGCAGCCAAUCAGGAUGCAGGAUGCAGGGAAGGCUGGCAUGAGUUAGAUGGUAUGUGUUACCUGCUGGCCACAGAACCUGAAACGUGGGACAGUGCGCAGAGAAUCUGCAGAGAGAGUUACCAAGGCAACCUUGUGACAGUGUCAAGCAGUAAAAUUUACAACUGGAUUCGUUCGCUGGUUGAGAAACACGAAAUUUGGAUAGGCUUAAACAACAAGCAUGCUGUAGGCCAAUGGGAGUGGAUCUCUGGUGACCCUGUGACCUUCACCCGUUGGAAGGUGGGCUCACCGGCGCCCAACACCCACGGCAAUCGCAACUGCGUCGCACAGAACAGCCGCGCCAGGUGGAUUGAGAAAAAAUGCAGGAACAACCGACAGCUGUACAUGUGCGAGAAGCAGUUACGAUGAUGAAGGGCCAGGGUUCAUGUUUAAGCGUUCGCAGAUAUGUUUGGUAUUAGACUGAAAAAAUUUAAGGAAAUCAGGCAAGACAGAAAGAGCCAUCCUUCCUUCUCAAUACAGAAUAAAAGAAGUGAAUUCUUCUCCAGAUCAGGCCUUCAUAUAGGCAAAGUUUCAAUCUGGUUCAUAAUUCCUCGCACGCUUGGCUGAAAUGACACUCAGUCACUCACAGAAGCUUCAAGUGAGAAACGGGAUAUUCAAGGCUUGUAGGCGAGUCCUUCCUUAAAUCCCUUAGUCAAAGGAUUCUACUACAAAACUGAAUUUAAAAUAAUUUCAUGGGUGCAGUUGAUUCUGUCAACAUAGAAGCACUUUUGCUUCUUCAAAUUUUGUUUAACAUGGUGCUAAACUUUUUAAAGAUUAAAAAGCAAAAUUGAAAUAAGUAAUCUUGAAGUAAGUACGCUCGUGAUAUUUGCUUUUAUUCAUUGGAACAAGCAUUAUGACGAGGAAACUGGUACCUUUACAAAAAAUCUGAAGACUGUAAUUUCCAACGGAGACUUACGGUACAUUAUAUUUAUAGAGUUAAAUGGAUUGUCUUUCAAAAAUGUUGGGCGUUCUUUGUUUGUUUUUUUUCUUCAGUGACCUUUUGCCUCGCCCUUCCGACAUGUCCAAAGAAGACCUCAUUUGUUUCACAGACAUUGUGGAAGUCACACUGCCUUGUGGCAGUGGUCGGAAUUGGCCAUGUAAUAACCACGUGGCCCUUUCACAUCAAUUGGCUGUAGGCCGCCACAGUUGCACCUUUAAUGUGCUGCGUAUCACUGCUACUCAGGUUAAUUAGCAGUGGCCGCGAUUAUCCACUCAAGCCAUUCAGAUUCACUUCAGCAUGAUUAUAUCAACUUAGUCCAUUGAAAAUUUGACGUAAGAAAACCAUGAAAUCUUGGCAAACGGAUAGUUUUUAGAAGAAAUUAUUCUUGGAUAUAAGGGAAUAACCACUUACGGCGUCUCCAGUUGUCACCACAAGGGCAAGUAGGGUUGUUUGUGCAUUGCGCAUGUAUGUGUGGGAAAGAUUGGGGAAGUGUCGUUAGCUUGAAAUCCGAAUAACUGUUGGGUUUUUUUUUUCAUUCCCCUGAGAUUUGAGAUAUCAAGAGUUUACGAUAAGUUUAUGAUAAUCACCAACAAUACACCCUCAGUAGCUUACCAGGUUGAAGGUGUCCUUCCUUGAUCAAUUUUUUUUUCUUCAUAUUUUUAGAGAGAUAACUUGUCCUUUGUCCAUUUGUCUUAUUUACUCUCUCAAGUGCCUUUUUAAAUGUCCAAGGACACAAAUAAUCACUAGAAUAUGUGCCUUUGUCCUGUAGACAUGCUUAUCUCCUAAGUUUUGAAUGAUUUCUCCCUCUUUUAUAAAAGGCUGCAUCUCCUCCGCUUUUUUCAAGUGGUAGACUUGCACAGCCACUGAAAGUAACCUGCUCCAUAUCACUCAACAUCCAGCUUACAUUGCAACAUCUGAAAUGUUGUAACUGCAGGAAAAAGUGUACUUUUCUUGUUAACCUAUAGAUUUAUUUUAGAGACUGUACAUGUAUUAAGAGUAAUAGAAUGCAGUAGGUUAUUUGAACAAAUCCAUACAGCAAGGUAUGGAAGAUUUUACAGUUGAAGAUAUUGGCCCUUUUUACAUAGUAUAACGAUUAAAAUGUUACUUUAAUGUCAUUUGUAGAGUUGAAAUUCAUGUAUUUAUCUUAUUUAAGGAGCUUCCAUAUUGUCAUUGUGUUUUGAAGUUGACAUAGUGUGAAAAUGCAACUUGCCUAAGGCCAAAACUAAACGGCGAAUGGGAUAUCUGUUUGCUUUUUUUUCUUUUUAGCUAAAUUCAAGAUUUUAUCUUGUGGACUUUUCACACUGAUGAAGGCUUUCUUUUCAUCAGGGUCUUGUGAACAAAUCUAGCCACAGAUGUAGCCUCAGCUGUUGUACCUCAUUCACAGUUAGGCAUUGCUACACCUAGCAUUCGUGUUUGGUAUGUUAGGCUAUGAGCGAUGAAGUCCUGGCCAACGUUGUAGCUGAAGUAUUUUGCCUUUUACUCCAAAGUAGAGACAUACUCAUUUAUUUGUGUAAACUUAAUUUGUUACGGAACACAAAUAAACUUCAAGCCGGAAAACAGUUUUUCAAAGUGUGACCUGCUGUGUCCCACUGUAAACCUUUGAAAAAAGAGAGACGAGUACUUCCCAACUGGCAGGAAACUUACAUGCAAUACAAUGUACAUUUCUAAUCGUCAAACUACUGAUAGAUUUGAUUCGCUUUGCAACGGUGUGUCCCCAUUCCUAACUCAGAACAAGUAAGAAAUUGUAGAAGUUGCUCAGAGUUGCAAACAUCUGAUAAUAAAUCACAGUGGACGUGCCCAGCAUGCGA